AUGCACAAAUCGGCUUUCCUUUUGUUAGGUGCGGCGGUUGUCUUAGCAUCUUCGGGCGAUCGGCUGCCGGAAUUUCGACAAUGUGUCGAGCAUUGUAUAGAGUCAGAGUGUGAGGACAAGCCGCCUGUUUUGCUGCGGCUUCUGCUGUGGACUUGCCAGUCAAACUGCGACUAUCUCUGCCAACAGCGAUUGACACACUCCCACCUCAACUCUAACUCUAGAGUGCAUCAGUAUCAUGGCAAAUGGCCAUUCAUCCGCGUCCUGGGCGUACAGGAACCGGCUUCAGUGGUUUUUUCGCUAUUAAAUCUUGUGCCCAACUGGAUUGGAUACAAGCGGCUGCAACGGGCUCGAGUUACCGGUGUGCAACGCACCUUGCUGCCGUAUUAUUUGCUCUUUGCAGUCAUUGGUGUCAAUACUUGGGUAUGGAGCUCUGUGUUCCAUGUCCGUGAUUUCGUGUUGACCGAGAGGCUCGACUAUUUUUCAGCCAUUCUGUCUAUUGUCUACGGCCUCUUUCUGGCCCUCACGCGUCUGUUCCGUUUAGACUUGCCGCACAACCGCAAUAAAUUAAAAAUGGUGGCUGCAAUACUUGGGCUUUUUUACCUGGGCCACAUUUCCUAUUUAUCGUUGAUCCACUUUGACUAUGGAUACAACAUGGCUGCCGGCGUAGUUUUAGGACUGAUCCAAAACUCCUUGUGGGUUACGUUGGGAAUUAAACUAUACCGCCAGACCAAAAGCACCACCGACUUGUUACCGGCAAUUCUCGUGGUUCUCAUCAUGGGCGGAAUGUCGUUUGAGCUGUUUGACUUUUCGCCGUUUGGUUUAGUGUUCGACGCACAUUCUCUCUGGCAUUUGUCUACCGUUUUACCAACUGCAAUGUGGUAUCAGUUCAUGCUCCAUGAUUUAAACAGAUCUAGCAAGUCAGUAAAGUUGAUCUAA